GAGUCAGUUUUUGACAGUAGUAAAAAACUUUAUUUACUGUCAGUUUUACAUAAAAUAUUUAAAAUAUUUUGCUUACUACCUUACUACCAACCAACCCACAAUACAAUUUGUAGUACAACCUACCAAGGCUACCCUACCUACCCAUUAACCUACCUGUGUAAGUUUUUGUUUAAUAAUGGCCCUUCCAUGGCAUGUGCCUUUGGAAACCACACCUUCAUUUAAAGCAACGGCAGAAGAGCCUCAACCAUCUCUACUAAAACAUUAUUGUAACGUUAAUAUUCAUACCAAUCCGUGUGAAGAAUUAAAAACUGGACUAAUGUGUGAAAUUGGUAUGAAUAAUAAGGAGCCAUCUACAAUACAAAGAUUAAUUGCAUCAGGUAUGACCGUCGCUCGUUUAAAUAUGCGGGAUUUAGAGCCAAACACAUGUGCUCAGAUAAUACAGAGUAUCAGACAAGCGGCCUACAGUUAUAGUGCUGAUUUAGAAUAUGUUUACCCAUUGGCUCUGAUGAUAGAUGUUCGUGGACCUGAUAUUAUUACCGGUGAUCUUAAAGGCGGAGCGCGGACCACUCUUGAGUUAAUUCCUGAAAAAACUCUAAGAUUGACCACAGAUCCCAACUGGCGUGAAUGCGGUACUUCUGGAUGUCUCUAUGUUGGCUGGGAACACUUAACAGAUCUUAAACGUGGGGAUAUUAUUUACAUGGAUAGCUUGAGUACUGGUAUAAUUAAACUAAUAAUCGAACAAGUUGGUAAUGACUCUAUAGAAUGUACCGUUGAAAAUGGUGGCAUAAUCGGUUCGAAAAUGCCUCUUCGCAUAACACAAAUACCAAGAGAAAAUGAACCUGCCCGACACCAGGGUGACAGUGCAGAAUCCUUCGUUUGUUCUGAUAAAUCUGCUCAUCUAUUCGAAAAUAUCUAUGAUCAGAUAGCCUGGGCGGUUGCAUCAGACGUGGAUGCUUUGUUGAUACCUAACACUCAACAUGAAUCCGAUGUCAAGCAAGUUCGAGAUAUACUUGCAGAUAAAGGAAAGCAUAUUCUUGUCUUUUCAAGCAUUGAAACAAUGUAUGGCGUUGAUAAUAUUGAUGAAAUUAUUGCAGAAUCAGAUGGAAUAUAUUUGGACCGUAGCAUUUUGAGCACAGAUUUACCGAUAGAAAAGAUUUUUAUCGCCCAAAAGAUUAUUGUAUCAAAAUGCAAAGAAGCUGGAAAACCAUGCAUUUGUAAAGCCAUUUUAAAUGAACAAAUUCCAACUCUAUGUGUGUCGGAUAUUGCCAACUUAGUUAUUGACGGUGUUGAUGUAAUCUGUUUAGAGCUUCACUAUGAUUCACCUUUAAAAAAGUUGUCCCCAUCUUAUGACACUGUUCGAAUGGCAGAACAUUGUCUAGCUGCUUCCGCAAUAGUUUGCAGACAGGCAGAACGUGUCAUAUGGCACAAACAUACCUAUGGUAAUUUGGAACUUAUGCAAAGCCCUCUCGAAGAACCUUCAAAGGCUAUAUGCGUUACUGCUAUAGAGCUCGCUAUGAGAUCAAGAGCUGUGGUUAUUAUAUGUUUGACCAAUUCGGGCCGCACUGCUAAAAUACUAUCUCAUGGAUCUCCACCUUGCCCGAUAAUAGCUGUCACAAGAGCUUGUCACACCGCGAGGCAACUACGUUUUUGGAGAGGCGUUCGAUCAAUGCAUUAUUUCGAAGUGGCCCGAGAUAACUGGCCAUUAGAAGUUGAGUGUAGAGUUCACGCGGCCCUUGACUUUUGCAAGGCUAAACGUCUUGUUUGCGCUGGUGACGCGUAUGUGGUUGUAACUGGUACUCGUCGCGGGAGUGGAUAUUGUGAUUUAGUACGGCUUCUCUAUGCUAGUGCUCGUGAUACAGUUAGUGUGGAAUAAUAGACAUGGGAACGUUGAAACAAUCGGAUGAUCCUAUUAGACUUACUCAUUAUAGGUAGGACAAUUUGGAAUUUAUUUUCUAGAAGUAAACUAGUAGACCUACAAAGAACUUAUAAAAAUAUGUACUUACCUACAUUAUAUUUUAUCUUUUUAAAUAAAUAAUGUUAUUUUUCUUGGUAA